AUGCUUAGACAAUUAAACAAUUUAUCAAAAUUUACUACUUCUUCCAUAAAAUAUGCUGCUAAUAACACUGCUGCAGUCUUGAUAAGUCUAAGUGCUUCUUCAAAAGACGACUCCACUGUUCCUUCACCUCAACUACUUGCUUAUUGGAUUAGUGAGACACAAAGGGGCUUGGACGCUUUUUUUAACGACGACUUCGAGUUGGCAAACACUAUUUUCCUUCAACAUCAUCAAGAAUCACCAUUUCACGCAGUUGGGUUUGCACUUGUUGCUUAUGUGGAAGCCAUGCUUGGUUUUGAAUCAGAUAAAAUCCAAAUAGCACUUGAUCGAAUUGCAGCAGCAGAAAUCUUGGCAAGGCAGUUUUCUAAAAAAGCGCGAAAAAGAACUUGGAGCAGUAACAAAUCAACACAGAAAAAACAACAUCAUGAAGAAGACCCCAUCACGUUUGUCUCGUUCGAUCAUCCUACCAACACAAAAUCCUCGCAUCGGUCGAGUGCACCAGAGAUUCAAUACGAUUUAUUGGCUACCAGCUGUAUGCUCAUGUCCUCCACUAUCCAAUUCUUGAGAAACAGCUGGUUUGAAUACAUGAAAGCAGCCUAUAAACUUCGGAAAGCCUACAAACUAUACGAACAAAUGUUUGAAUCGAUCACAGGCCAAAAGGCUUCAGAAUAUGCUUCUCAUCUAAAAAAGUCGAAACAGCAAAAACCAUCUUUUGAGGCGUCAUCCUUGACGACCCUGUUGACAAAUUCACCUCAGAUACGUGCUUCUUGGACAGAGAGACGACUCAGUUUGAUUCAUAUACCCACCGAAAGUCCCGAUACACAUCGAGCCUCAUCCUCACCUACCCUUGUCGUAGAUCCCACCCAUAAAUCGAGACCAUUAUCCACCGUCAGGAGUUCGUUUGAUGCAAUAGAUACAUCGUAUCUGGUGAUCGACAAUGCCAUUGAAAGUGGCGUCUUUUUUGGUAUUGGGUUGUUUAGCUUGAUCUUUUCGUUACUUCCGCCUCGAGUGAACAAAAUCCUCAACACACUUGGAUUUCAUUCGUCUCGUCCGUUUGCAUUGGAUUUACUCCUCAGAUCAUUUAGAAGUCAAGGCCUUUAUUCGUCGUUAUCAGCACUUUCGUUACUUGCGUAUUAUACCAACUUGUCUCUGUUUAUCCAUCCCAAGUUAUUACCCAAUUCGCUCAGCCUCGAAACUGCAAGACAUACUCUGGAUCAAAUGAAACUGACUUUUCCUCAAGGAAAAAUUUGGAAAUUGCUCGAAGGAAAAUUAUGUAAAAUGGAAGGCAAGACAAGACGUGGCGUAGAAAUAUUACGGGAUGCUAGGCGUAGAGAGAACACGCGUGUGGAUCUAGUGAUGUCUAGUAACAGCAAUAGUAGUUAUCAUUAUCAACAACAAAAGAACAAGAAAAAAUCAGCAUCCACAAGCCUUGAAUUAGUUCAACUUCAAGCAUUAGCUGUCUAUGAGAUGGGAUGGGGCCAAAUAUUUCUGGGUGAUUAUUUUCAGGCAGCAGAGACCUUCUUUCGUCUAGAGAGUAUGAACAAUUGGUCUCGAGCAUUUUAUCACUAUAUUGCUACCUGUUGUAUGUUUGCUGACGAAGAAUACGAAAAAUCUGCUUUGGAGUUCAUGCAAAUACCAGGUAUUCUUAAACGCAAAAGACAUUUGGGCGGUCGUCUAUUACCCAAUGAGAUCUUUGCAGAACGAAAAAUCAAGCAUUGGAAAUCCAAAAACAAAGGCCAGUGCUUGGAUGGACCUGAUCUGAAGCGCGUUGUCGUGGCUCAUCCACUAUGGGAGUUGAUUUAUUUAUGGAAUGGAUUCUCUCAGUUGGAUCAAGAGACACUGACAGUCAUGAAACAGACGAUUGAAACAACACUGGUUACGAUAUCCAAACAAGACAUUGGUAAUGACUUACCAUUACUUUAUCUGUUGCUGGGUGUAAGUGUACGAGAGUUGGGCGAUAUGGACCUGGCGGACUAUUAUUUACGUCAAGCCAUUCUUUCUGAUGAUGGUACAAGUGAAGAUUGCUGGGUUAUUCCUCAUGUAUUGUAUGAAAUGGCCUGUUUGUGUUGUUUUCAAAUGAUGCAGCCAUCUAUGACAAAACUGCAACAAAAAAAGCUUUAUAAAGAAGCACAUGAAUGGAUCACCAAGUCAGAAAAACAUUUGCAACACCGCCAACAACAACAACAACAACAACAACAACAACAACAGCAGCAGCAGCAGCAACAACAACAACAAAGUCAACCACCUCAAUACGAUACUUCAGUAACUUCAGACAAUACAGGUGAUUCUGAUUGGGAUAGUCGAUUGCAUGUGCGUUGUCAACUGUUGAUUGAAAAACUAGAUGACUUUCUCUAA